UUCUUUAAUUUUAAUAUACUCAAAUACAAACAACAAAACGUUUUGUUGCUGCGUUGAGCAACAUUCGCUCGCUUUGCUCUAAAACGUUCUCAACUGCUGCUGCUCGCCUCUGCCUCCCCUUACCCACCCACUGCUGCUCCCCUUCGUAGUUUGUAGUCUCGUUGUCGUUGUCUGCUCCAUUCACCUACAUUCACGCGCUGCGCGCUCUCCGCGCUCUCUGUUUCGUUCGUUUUCUGAAUUCCAAAUGAAGUCAUGAGCAGCAGAUUGUAUAAAAAAGCAGCAGCAGCAGCAACAACAACAAGAGCAGCAGCCAAAGCAGCAAUUCAACAAUACAAAAGUCGUUGCGUUAUUACAAACAAGAAAACGUUGUAAAAUAAUAAAAAAAAAGAAAAACAAAAGUGAAAUUAAGUGUUUAAAAACGCGCGACAGCAACAGUAAUAAAUAUAUUUUUUUAACAGCAAUACACGACUCGCUUACAAAAUAACUCAAAUUAAUUGAAUAUGUUGGCAAAUGAGCCAAACGAAAAUUGCGUUAAAAGGUGAGAACAGAGCAAAAAACAAAGACAACGAGCAGCUGUGUGCUUUGUUCGUGGCUAUGUGUGUGUGUGUGUGCAAGGGCAGUGAAACGUACCUAAUUUACAUGCGUGUGUGUGUGUGUGUGUAUAAGCAAAUUUGUAUGUGUAUGUGCAUUAGUCAGCUUUUAAAAUGACAAAAGCAAAGCAAGCGAAUUUGUUUUAAUAUGGGUGCCCGUUAAUUUGCAGCCCCCACCAAAUUGAUUGCUACUGAACGCGCAACAAGAGCAACAGCAAAUGGCUGCAGCAUCCGCUGGCCAACAGCUGCAACAGCAGCAGCAGCAGCACCACCAUCAACAACAACAACAGCAGCAACAACAUAAAUUGAAUAUUGUUAGCAAUGUGGAGACAGUUGCUGGCGUGCUGCAGGUCAACGGAUUGUUUCAGCAGCAAGCGAAAUUUGUAACGCGGGUCGCUACAAAUGCAGCCAUGCAACAGCAGCAGCAACAACAGCAACUGCAACAGCAACAGCAGCAGCAACAAAUUUUACCAGCUGGUUUGGUAAAUGGUAACGCAACCAUGCUGCAAGCUAAUAAUGUUGCCAGGCUGCAGCAGCAGCAACAACAACAACAUCGUCACAAUACGCCAAUUUUUGUGUCGCCAGCGCAAUUACAACAGCAGCAGCAACAACAGCAUGUGAAGCUGCGUCAGGCGCAGAUAAGAUUGCCUGUAAAAUCAGCUGCAACUGUUGCUGCCACGCACUGCAUGCCAGCAACAAUUGCUGCGCGCCAAAUGAGUCAGAACAAUCAACAGCAACAGCAACAGUUUUAUGUAAAGAAUGUUGCUAAAACCAACAAUAAUAACAAUAACAACAACAACAAUAACUGCAACUACAAUUUGGCUCCAGGCUGGCGUCGACUUACCAACAACAAUGAAGUGGCCUACAUCAGUCCCACGGGCAAAACUCUGCGUUCGCAAUACCAAAUAAGGGACUACUUACUAUCUCAAGGUACCUGCAAGUGCGGAUUGCCGUGUCCGCUGCGGCCGGAAUACUUUUUCGAUUUUAAUGCUGAGGUGCCAAAUAUGCCAAUGAAGGCGGCAGCGGCGUCAACAGGCCAUGAAGCGAACUCGCUGCUGUCAGCGCCGCCGCUUUGUGCGCAUCAGCGUAAAAUGUUGGAAUCAGGACAGGCUGUCAAGGAUGUCAUAGCGCCAGCAGGAGCAACAGCAGCUGUCAGUAAUGUUUUUACAGCAAUGUUGACAACGACAACAACAACAACAGCAGCAGCAACAGCAGCGACAACACAUGAAUUUAAUAACAAAGAUGCUGCUGAUGCUGCGAAAUAUGGCAAAAGAAGCAACAACACACCUGCGCUUGUUAAUACAGUCACUAGUCAAGCUACAGCGCCAGCAACUGUGAUAAAGCCAGCUGCAGCCACGCCCAUAGCAACGCCCACGCCCACACCUGCAGCAGUGUUAGCCAUGCAGCCAAACUUUAAGGAUGAUCCCGCUGGUUAUUUGCAGCAGCAAACGGCGCUGCUGCAAUGCAGUUUGAAUGUCAGCGCCAAUGCCAAGCUGCUGCCACAAGAAUCCAUUGUGCAUAGCUCACAGCCACAGCAGCAGCAGCCGCAGCAACAGCAGCAGCGGCAGCGCGUGCGACGCAUUGCCAAAUGGGAACUGGAGCCAACGUUGCUGCAGCUGCCAGUGGCAGCGCCGUCUGCUUCACCCAACUCGCUGCAUGUGGACACUGCCGCUGCCUUUGCGCGUCCACAAAAGCCGCAGAUUACCAGCGUCACUGUGGUGCCAGCGCCGCAGGAGUCACCCGUGAGCAGCAGCGCGCCCGAGCAAGUCGGCGCCAUUUCCACUAGUCACGAGAGCCCGCGCCACAGUUUGCCCUCGCCAACAGAAUCGCUGGACUCGAGCAAAAGUUUGCCUGUAGUUGCUUCACCCAAGCUACCCACGCAGCAGCAGCAGCAGCAGCUGCGCCCGCCGCCAGUCAUCAGCCAGGCGCAUUCCCAAGCGCAGCUGCGUCUGCUGCGCCAGCAAUGCCAAACACUGCCGCGACAGCCAGCGCCGCAGCAGCAGCUGCAAUCACAGGCGCAGUCCAUGCAGCUAAGUCGCAGCAUUGUCACCACUACAGCCAGCAUAAGUCGUCCAGCCAGCACAGUUGCCCAGCUGCAGUCCAUGGCGCAUGCCAAUGGCGGCCAGCAGCUGAUUAUGACUUCAGCUGGACAGCUGCUGGUCAUACCCGCCGCCAACAACAAGCAGCAACAGCAGCAGCAGCGCGCGCAGUCUCAAUCUGCUGGCUACAUAGUUGGCCAGCCUAAGCUGCUGCAUCAUCAGCUGGGACAACUAACGCAUAUAAGUCAAGCGAAUGGCGGCAACCCGACGCAGACAGUGCUGCUGAAUACGCUGCCCAAUGGCGGCUACAUAGUGCAGCAACAAGCAGCGCCAGCGGAGCAGCAGCAGCAGCAGCAGUUGCUGGCAAUGCCACAACCAGCAGCGCCGCUCAUAACUUCACCCGAGAGCAAGCGACGUCCACGCAAGCGCAAGAAUUCCAUCAGCAGCACGCCGCCGCCGCCAGCGCCGCAGCAGCAGCAGCAGCUGAGCGUUUCACCCGCCAAGACACUAUCGCCACAGAUCUCGCCCAGCAUACCCAGCCAAGCGCCUGCGCUGCUGCAACAAGCAGCAAAUGCAGCAGCAGCAGCUCAAUCCACAGCUACACAGCAGCAACAACAGCAGCAGCAAUUUCCACAGCAAUUUCAGCUUAGUCCAGGCAUACAAGGCAUUGUAGUGAAUAAGCCAGCAAAUGCUGGCACGGCACAGCCGCAACAGCUGCUGCUGCAGAAUGGCCAAAUCUUGCAGCAGGUGAAUCUCAUAGGACAGCAGCUGUUGAUGCCUGCGGGGCUGGUGAUGGGACCGGAUGCAACGCUGCUGCAAAUACAGAAUAUGCCAACGACAAGUCUGUUAACGCCUCAGGGCUCCGUAAUGUUGCGCACGCCCUCGCCGCAGGGCAAACCUUCGUUCAUUUCACCCAGCACUGGUGGGCAGCAGUAUCUAGUGGGCGCCAAUGGUCAGCUGAGUCCUAUAGGACAAAUCUAUAGCACGCAUAUGGGUUUGGUUAUGCCCACAGCGCAGCAAGGCGGCGCUAGCUUUGUGCAAGCGAGUCCUACAGCUACGAUACAGAUACAGCAGCAACAGCAGCCGCUGCAGCAGCAACAGCAACAACAGCAGCAGCAGCAGCUCAAUUUACAAGCGAGCUAUGUAACUGAAACGCAUGCAAGUCGUCAGCUAACUGCUGGUAGUCCACCGGAUACAACAACCUGCAGUCCACGCAGUCCUGAACGUCCGCCCAGUCAUCGCAGCAGCGGCAGCGAUAUGGUGCAGUACGUUUCUAGCUCCGAGCCGGAUGCAGCGAUUUCUCCUCAAAGCGCUGGCAGUCGUCAGUCACCUUCCAGCACAGACUGUGAUCCAACCAACAACUGCCAGAGCAAUGUGUUCAGCCAGCCCAUCAGCGUUUACAAGCCCGCGGAGGCGAAGAUUCGACGCAUACAUGUGACAUCCCAAGCGCCCACAACAGACAACAGCCAAUUGAUUGCACAAGGUAUGCGUUUGGUCAACAACCAACAGCACUACUCAUCCCAAAGCACUGCAUCCACCACCACCAGCACUAGCAGCAGCAACAACAACAGCAGCACGUCUUCAUCAUUGAGCUCAUCGCAGUGUCGUCCGCUUAUGCAACAAACAUCCAAUCCCAACAGCCAUAAUCAUUCCAGCGUUUAUACAAUACAUAACAACAAAGUAGUUAGCAUUGACUACCAGGAAUCGCCUGCCAGCACCACCGAAGCAGCAGCAGCAGCAGCAACCAAAGCGAACAAGCGAACGCGUCGCGCACCACGCGCCUUGGCCCGUGCCUUGCCUGCCAACUCCUCAGCUGCGCUGCCACCACGUACAUUCGCCAUUGGCGAGCUCAUUUGGGGACCAGCGCGCGGGCAUCCCGCCUGGCCCGGCAAAAUCGUUAAGAUGCCCGAUGGCGUUUGCACGCCCUCGCAGCAGUUUGAUCAUGUCUGGGUGCAAUGGUUCGGUGGCGGCGGUCGCUCCUCCUCCGAGCUUAUUACAGUCAAUUCGCUGCAGAGCCUUUCCGAAGGUUUGGAGGCGCAUCACAAGGCCCAAAAGGAUACCAGAAAGAGCCGCAAAUUGAACUCGCAACUAGAGCGGGCUAUACAAGAAGCAAUGACUGAGUUGGAUAACAUUUCAGCCGCAGCAGCCACAGGGACAGGAACAGCAAAAGCCACAGCAGCAGCAGCAGCAACACCAAUUGGCCAACAGCAACUACAGCAGCCCACAUCAACUAACAACAGCAACAACAACUCGGUUAUAUCACGAGGCAAGCGCUCAACAGCGACAAGUAGCGUUGGUCAGGCGCUUGCAAGUGGCGCUAACUUGAUGCUUAGCACUAGUACAGCUUCGACUUCGGUUAAUGGUCUAUUCAAUCAGCAGCGUCACAAGCCCAUACGCAUUGCACCAGCGCCAGCGCCAACGCUAGUGACAGCAGCAGCAGGGAUCAGCAGCGGCGCAUCAACGCCGACAGCAGAGCUCUUGAAGCUGAACAAAUGACCAACGCUGUCAGUCCCAGCGGGCUUUACGCUAGUUAUUGGGCAUAAAUAGUAGUAGCAUGUGGUUUAAGUCAAACAGGCAUCUUCAAUAUGCGUACACAUACAUUUAAGUAUACUAUAUAUUUCUAUAUAGAGCAGACAGUAAGCGACUAGCGACAGUUUAGUUUGAGGUCACUACAAAGAACAGACGCUUCUUCUUAUAAUAUCGUUUUCUGUCGAGCUUCUCACAUCUUUAAAAUAAUAGACAAUAAAACAAUAAUUGUAUGUUAUACCAUAAAUCAAGUUAAUAAGCAAAAGCAAACAAAACUUUUUGUAACUCUAUAAGCAAAAGAAUAAUCAAUUGUAAAUGUUUCUCUUUUGUUGCUUUGCGCCCAAAAAUCAGCUGUUUUUUUUUUGUAAAUAAUUAACAUUGUGAACAAAAGUGUAUAUGUUAGGUAUUUAUUUAUUGCAUAUAGUACGUAAUAUCUUAGCUUGUGUAAGUUUUUGUUUUCGUUGCAAUUUGUAGUCGUAACUUUUAUUUUCUAAAGCUAGCUAGCAUAACCCGAUUCUAUUUAAUUCAUAAGUUGUUUUUGGCUUUAUCAAACCAACUCUUUACAAAGAACGUGAAAUCAAAAUCAAAUAAUACACAUCGAGUAAACUCAUGAGGACAAACAAACUCACAAAACUCAGCAUAAAUGAGAGAAAAACAAUAUGAGAAUUAUAUUUAUAAAUUGUUAUUAUUUAUUUAGUUGAAACUAUUGUAAAAUUUUAGAAAACAACCA